AUGAAGUUCCCCAACGGGAGCAAGAUAGUCAGACAAGGCCGUAAGCGCAAGGAAAUAUGGAAUUUUGAGAAUAACUGUUUUUGUGAUACCAAAGUUUCUCUGGUUUUCAACAAAAUUAACCACCAUGAUGAAGAUCCUGAGGUAGAAGUUGACAAUGAUUUUGAUUUGGAAGACAUAGAAUAUGAUAUCAAACCAUUCGAAACCACUCAACUCUGUAAAGUAUCAAAGAAAUAAAGGAAGUACUUAUGAGCCUGAAAUUAGAGUAGAGUACAUUCCAAUAGAUAUUGAACGCCAAACAGAAAUCCUUCAUUCAGAAACAAGUGGUUUUAAGGAGAAGAUUGCUGUAAAAAUGGAUCUUUGCAAUGAGCUUCCUUUCAAUUUGGCCUCUAUAAAGCAUCUGCAGGAGAAGUUAAUUAAGAAAAAUAUCAAACAUUUCGUAGAUCCUCAGUUUCCACCAAUGAAAAGUAGUUUGUAUGACCCAAUCCUGAAUGAAGAUUACCCCUUAGACUAUGUAGUCCAUUGGAGAAGGCCAUUUCAGUUUAUGAGUGAAAAUCCGACCAUUUUUUAGAGAUGAAAUCACCCCUCACGGUCUAUCUUACGGUACAGGGAAUAGAUCUUGGUUUGUAUCAGCCCUCGCUUCGCUUGCAAGGAGACCAGAAUUGAUCAAAAGGAUGUUCAUCAAUACAAAAUACACAGAAUUUGGAAUCUAUAGGCUAAGACUCUACCGAAUGGGUGAAUGGGUUCUUGUAACAAUAGAUGAUUACAUUCCAUGAUUUUAUAAGGGUCAACCGAUGUUUACGAGAGGGAGAGAAAAUCAGCUAUGGCCUCUACUCAUUGAAAAAGCAUAUGCAAAGCUUCUUGGAUCUUAUGAAGCACUCAAUAACGGAGACGCUGCCAGGGCCUUGUUUGAUCUCACAGGAAUGCCAAUUCUUCAACUUAAUUUCAGUGAAGAUAUAUCUGAUGAGGAAGAGGAAGAUGAGGAUUUCAUGCUCCAACCAUACUGAAAUGACAAGCUUCAAUGAGAUCUGGAGGGACUUCCAAAAUAUCAAAUUUUUGAGCUUAUUAAAGAAAGAUUAGAGAAAGGCAACAUAAUUUGUGCUAGAGCAAGAGGCGAACCACUUGAGGACACAUUUGACUCAGAAGAAGAAAUUGAUGCAGACGAAAUAGAGAUCCUUAAUUCACAUUUCUAUGCUAUUCUUGAGGUAAAAGAGACAGAAGAAGAGGAUCUGAAAAUUCUGGUACAAAAAUAGCUUCCAGGAUUGUAACUGGAUGGGAGAGGUCAACAAGUCUCCACUCUGGGACGAUAAUAAUGUUAAACUUCAAGGAAUGAGUGAUACCACAAAUAUCAAACUUUACUCUUCUCUUGGCCAUGACAGAGAUAGACUAAUCAGGCUUAACCCUCAAAAUGGAAGAGUUAUAGAAGCAGCUGUAUGGAUUCACCUAGAUGAUUUCUUAAAAGAAUUUGAAUAUCUGAGUGUCUGCAGAACAGACAUCAAAGAAUCUACGUUCCUUAAGGGAAAGUUUAUAUCUGCUGAGAAAAAUGAGACUGAGAAUCAAGAAGCAAUAGUUUCCAAAUGCUUCUACACGAUAGAUGUAAAAAGAAACAACACAGAAAUAAUCAUGGGAAUACACCAAGAAGACCAAGAUAUUCUAGGAGGAUACCUACGAAGUAAUAUAGACAUGGGAUUUGCUAUUAUUGAAGAAGACGAUUCCUACUACUGGCUGUAUGAUUACCUUGAGAUGCGUAAGGAAAGAGAUAUCUUCUUUAAAGCCUCAUUAAAUAAGGGCAGAUAUCAUAUAGUCCCAAUGACGACAGGUGUUUUCUUGAGAAGGCCAUUUCACUUGGAUAUCCAAAAAGUUCCAGUAGAUCCUGUUCACCCCUACAGAUAUUCUGAGCUACAUCCAUACCUCGACUCUGUCCUGAGUGAUCUGUUCAGAAAAUCUGACUUUAGAUGAAACUCAUUGUUAGAAGCAUCUGAAUUGAAUGGGUUUGGAGAGAUUAUCAGCAACAAAUAUUUGUCAAGCAUAACCCAAUCUGAUUUUAACAAAACUAAUUUUGAUAAAGCAAGCUGCACUAAGAAAGGACUAACCGAGUUCGGCUUCAAAUCUGUGAUAAUGAAAGAGUACCAUGACAGAGAAGAGAAAUUUGCAAAAGUGCUGAAGAAGCUUGGAUACGACAUUGGUAUGUUCUCAGCAAAAAGCAGAAUUUUUAUGAUGUCAUUCUAUUCCAACAGAAAUUUACAAAUCAAAAGAGAAGAUUGAGUCAAUAGAUAUAUGAACUCGUGGGCAUGGGACUUAUAUAUGGAAGAGAGGCUAUACUUCGAUGGCGAAGGGCCAGAUCCUACCGAGGAAGAGGAUUGUUUGUGAUUCUCAGUAAAACACCCUCACAUUAACGGAAUCAGCUAUGGUGUGUCCAAUACAGAUAGUGAUUGUAAGAAACAUAUUUCAAUCGAUAUGAACCAGACUGAUGAUGCAUACUUCUCUCCAGCAUACGGAAUCAAGGAUCAUACAGUUGAUCCAGAUUGCAUUGAAUACCUCUGAUCUGUGGCUAUAGAUCCCGAGUAUUCUGAAGAUUUCAUGUAUUCUCAUUUCGAAUACGAUGCUGACAUUGUAAAUGGAUCUGAGGUAGGAGAUGAUGACAUGAAUGAAUCUGAAGAAUCUGAACAAUCAGAGAGAUCUGAUCAAUCAGAAAAUUCUGAAGAUGAGUAAUAAUCCUUUCAAUUUCAGAGCAAA